AUGAAACAACUGGCAGAAGAAACGGAAGCAACACCCCAGCAGAUCAUCACUCAGUCCAUUACUACGAUUACUGAAGAUGCCAAGGCUAAGCUGCCCUCGAUUCCACACAUACGGCGUAACAUCAGGCGUCAACGUCAAACGCUAAAACACCCACUGUCUGAUCCAAGGAAUGUUGAUGAUAUAAUCAUUCCUGAACAAUAUACAAUGACACAAGAUGGCCAACAAUUUCUUCUGUUCGAUUCCGGUGCCAAAUCAAAAGGUAGGAUGUUUUUGUUUGGAACCAAGGACAACCUUAGGUUAUUGGAGGUUAAUCAGCACUGGUUUAUGGAUGGUACAUUCAAAACAGCUCCUGCAUUGUUUUCACAACUGUACACAGUCCAUGCAUUGGUCAAUGGACGCACUGUUCCAUGUGUUUAUGCCUUGCUUCAAAACAAAACACAGGAAACAUACACAGCACUCUUACAGCAGCUAACGGUCUUAAACACAAACCUGCAACCAAUUUCUAUUAUGAUUGACUUUGAAAUGGCUGUGAUAAAAAGUGUUGAAAGGGUAUUUCCAGAGUGUGAGGUAAAAGGAUGUUUCUUCCAUCUUAGCCAAAAUAUAUACAGAAAAAUUCAGGACUCUGGCCUUCAACAACUCUACCAAGUUGAUAGUGAAUUUGCUCUCAAGCUCAGAAUGCUACCUGCGUUGGCCUUUGUUCCCAUCGAACACAUGAGUUAUGCCUUUGAAAAAUUAUUGGAAAUUUUCCCCCAAGAAGCAAUGCCGAUUGCAGACUACUUUGAGGACUACUAUAUUGGCAGACCACAACGUCGAGGUCGAAGACAACCUAUGUUUCCACUUGACAUUUGGAACAUGCACACACGUGCAGAAGACCAUAUGCCAAAAACAAACAACUCAGUUGAAGGCUGGCACAGAAGUUUUCAGUCGCAUAUGGGAUUUAACAUUUUCAAUCGAGGCUUAGAAAAUACAAAGCAAAACUCUAAAGGCUUACAGUGUGUGUAUCAGUGUGGUCUUCAAUUUCACAAGAAGAAACAACUGCCUGUGAUUGGGCUUGUGUAA